ACACUCAAAGUCCCAUUUCUCAGUAGCAUGAAGAAGUAAGGGAAUUUAGAGUCAAUCGCAUAAUUUUUGCCAUUUCUUGGACAUUUAGUACAUUUAAAGAUGUAUGCCCUUCCCUGACAGAGCCUUAUGUCAUGUGGGUUGUUUUUGCUUUAUAGGGAACUAUGUGCUCAACUACCUUGCCACUCGGCCAAAGUUGGCUACUUUCGUGACACAAGCACUUAUUCAGUUGUAUGCCAGAAUCACAAAGCUGGGCUGGUUUGACUGUCAGAAGGAUGACUAUGUCUUCAGAAAUGCAAUCACAGACGUCACAAGGUUUUUACAGGAUAGUGUUGAAUACUGCAUUAUUGGCGUCACAAUUUUAUCUCAGCUAACCAAUGAAAUUAAUCAAGUAAGUGCUACAGCCUUCCUCAUUGAAGUAAGUGCCAUAUUUUUCUUAGUAUUGGUGUUUUCUGCUCUGUGUGGGAUGAUCGUUUUGGCAGUUGUGUGCUUUCGCGGUAAGUGAUUAAUGCCCUUUUGA